CGUGCGUACUUUUCUCCAUGCCUCGCUAUAAAACCUCCCACGGCGUGAUCCAUCCUGCACCAGCCAGAGCCACCGACACACUACACCGCUAGCUAGCUAGCUGAUACUACAUCAUAAGUAGUACUACGGAGCCAAGCAAUGGCGUCUCUCUACCGAGGCCUGCUGCUGCUGCUGAUGGCGCUUCUCCCAUCCGCCCAUGGAGCAACCACGGCUAGAGGCAAAAUCUCUGCAGCGUUUGUGUUCGGCGAUUCGAUCGUCGAUCCCGGCAACAACAACGACCGGCUGACGGAGGCGAAGGCCAACUUCCCGCCGUACGGGCAGGACUUCCCCGGCGGGGUGGCCACCGGGAGGUUCUCCAACGGGAAGGUUCCCGGAGACAUGCUAGCUGCUAGGUUGGGAAUUAAGGAACUAUUGCCACCCUACCAUGGAAAUGAUCUUCCACUAAGUGAGCUACUCACUGGUGUCGUCUUUGCUUCUGGUGGCAGUGGAUACGAUCCUUUAACUUCGAUACCCGCGACUGCUACAUCGAGUACUGGGCAACUUGAAUUAUUCCUUGAAUAUAAGGAGAGACUAAGAACUUUAGUCGGAGAAGAGGAGAUGACACGUGUUAUCUCUGAAGGCAUAUACUUCACAGUCAUGGGGGCAAAUGACCUUGCAAAUAAUUAUUUUGCAAUCCCUUUGAGGCGCCAUCAAUAUGACCUUCCUUCGUACGUGAAAUUUCUUGUCUCUUCCGCCGUCAACUUUACCAUGAAAUUAAAUGACAUGGGUGCAAAGAAGAUUGCAUUCAUUGGCAUUCCACCAAUUGGAUGUUGUCCCUCGCAAAGAGAACUUGGAUCAAGAGAAUGUGAGCCCAUGAGGAAUCAAGCAGCAAAUCUAUUUAAUUCUGAAAUAGAAAAGGAAAUACAUCGGCUAGAUGCAGAACAAAAUGUUCAAGGCUCCAAGUUUAUUUAUCUCGAUAUAUACUACAAUCUUCUUGAUCUCAUUCAGCGACCUGGUUUUUAUGAUUUCAAGGAGGUAACCGAAGGAUGUUGUGGCAGCACAGUGCUAAAUGCAGCAAUAUUCAUUAAAAAUCACCCUGCAUGCCCAAAUGCUUAUGAUUACAUUUUCUGGGACAGCUUUCAUCCUACCGAAAAGGCCUACAACAUUGUGGUUGAUAAACUAUUUCAGCAAAAUAUGCAGUACCUGAUGUGAAGAAACUCACUCUCAAUGGACGCAUGAACAAAUAUUAUUAGGAACUGCAAUUAAUUUGUUUGAUAGUACUCACUGGCACUAUUAGGACUGCCUAACCAUUCAUCCAAACUUGUACCGCCGGUGAAAGUUGGCUCCUUCUGAAAUGGGUAAAGGCUAGAGGUUCAUGAAAUACAUAAGAAAUUUGUUUCGGUAGUCUCAAAAAUGUAUCUCCGUAUAAAUUAUCAUGAUAUUCAUGGGA